AUGGGCUUUGUGGAUGGGUUAAAUCCAUCCCCAACAGUUGUAAACUGCACAAGCCUAAAGUUUCUAAAUGUGGAAAGGAACCGCAUCAGUGACACUUUCCCUUUCUGGCUGAAUGCUUUGGCGCAACUGGAAGUCAUUGUUCUGAGAUCAAACAGAUUCCAUGGUCCCAUAUCUUCACCGGGAAUCUCUCUUUCGUUUACAGCACUGAGUAUAAUGGACAUAUCACUUAACAACUUCAACGGGAGUCUACCACCAGAUUACUUUGCGAAUUUGAGUGAACCUUUGGUUAAUUCUCCUCCAGUUAAGCAUUGGCCUGAGUAUAGAGGAGACUGGCACUACUAUAAAUAUCCGACCGAGCCGUGGUAUUAUCCUUCCAUCUAUUUGAGAAGCAAAGGACGAAACAUGGAGUUGGAAAAGAUCCCUGACAGAUGCGCAGUGAUUGAAUUCUCAGGGAAUAGUUUUGGAGGAGAGAUUCCAGAAUCCAUUGGUUUCUUGAAAUCUUUGAUUGUGUUGGACUUAUCUAACAACGGUUUCACAGGUCGUAUUCCAUCGUCUUUGGCCAAACUCACACAACUCGAGUCAUUGGAUCUAUCUCGAAACCAACUUUCCGGAAGAAUUCCUCAAGAGAUAAGAGUUCUCACGUUCUUGUCGUACACUAACAUGUCACAUAACAGACUCACUGGGCAAAUACCACAGGGUACGCAGAUUGGAGGGCAGCCUAAAUCCUCCUUUGAAGGGAAUAUCGAUCUUUGUGGUCUUCCGCUUGAGGAGACUUGUUUCAGGGAAACUACUGGAGCACCAUCAACACAACGGACACAAGAGCCAGAAGUGGCAAAGCAAGAAGAGGUGUUGGACUGGAAAGCAGCUGCAUUAGGAUAUGGACCUGGAGUCUUGUUUGGUGUGGCGAUCGGACAAGCCUUUGCUACAUAUAAACCUGCCUUGUUCUAUAAGUUGUUUCGCCUUUGA